AUGAGAAAAAGGGUAACUCUCUUACUUCUGGGUAUCAUAGAAGUAGAUGAUUUAAUAGAAGAGCCAGUAGAGGAAUCGCCUAUAAAGGUAGACGGGACCAUCUUUGGGAUUGGUAAAAAUCGAUCUAGUAAGAUGGAUAGUGAUGCCGUUCUUAUGGCAAGUUUUGCAAAAACCUUAAGUGAAAUGGGAAAUGUUAGACUUUCAGAAGAAGGAAAUGAGAGACCCUUUCCUUCAAUACAAGAAAUGUUUGAUUCCGAACAUAGGACAAUUUCUAUGCGGGAUAAGACACCAGAUCAUGGUCAAAAUGAUCAUGCAAAUGAAUCUGAUGAAGAGGACAUACCACUUGUCUUAAAGUUAAGAAAAGGAUCUGGGAGUAAACCUGCAUCCAGAAAACAGAAAGUGGGCAAAUUUAUUGCUCAGAGUGAAAAUGAAAGAAGGGAAAAUCUAAAGAAGCAAAGGUUAUUGCUUGGUAGGGUGGUCGACCCAGAAAUCUCUGACAAAUUUGGAAUAAAGGGAUUGCUUAAAAUUAUUGAUUUUCAGAAAUGGAGCCAUUUGUUUGCUCCACCAAUUCCAAAUAUUUACGAGGCACAGGUAGUUGAAUUUUUUUCAAAUCUCUACUGCUCUGACUACCAGGGCACCCUUAUUACAUCGGUUAGUGGAACAGAUUUUGAGUUAACCGAAGAGGUCCUAGGAAAAAUUCUUAAAGUUCCCACUGAAGGAAUAAGGACCAUCACUAGGACUACUUCAAGCAACUUUAAGGUCAUGAUUUCCCAAAACAUGGUCGAAAAUACAAGUGCCAGGGCUAGUCUUCUGAAGAAGGAAAUGAAAGCAGAGUAUCAACUCAUGUUCGAGUUGGUAAACAAAGUGCUACUUCCAAGGGCUGAUGGUCGCACCGUUGCCUCCAUCGCAGACCUAGUGCUUAUAGAAGCAUUGUCCAACUUUCAACGCAUCAACCUUACUGCAAUCAUGAUUGAACACAUAAUCAAGGUGGUGAAUGCACCAGAAGGAAAACAUGGACUUCCCUAUGGUUUUGGUCUGACCAAAGUAUUUGAGCAUUUCAAGGUUAGAACAGACAAAGAUACCAAGGGAUCCAAUAAACACAUGUUCUCUAUAGAAACUCUAGAAGAGUGUGAUUGUAUACACAGGAAAGGCGGCGUUGGAAGCACCUCCACAAUCUCAACUCAGCUUCAGGCACAGGAAAGGAUGAUUGCUGAACUGCAAAGGGUCAAGGCUGAGAAUGUUCUUCUUCAGGCUCGAUUAACCGAAAGAGAGAAAGAAGUUGGGUCCCAAGAUGUCUUAAAGGCUGCAAGAUCUGAGAUCAAGUGGAUGAGCUUAAGGACCAGACGCUUCAGAACCAACAUGUUAACAGUGAACGCUUGGACAAACUUCUAA